GAUAGGGGGCCAGCUAAAAGAUUUCAUUCCGGUCUGGAGGGAGGCAGGAGCCCCAAAACACAUCCUAAAUGUCUUAAACGGAUAUGCAAUUCCGUUCAUCAAAAAACCUCCAACCGUGCCCUUCUCGGCCGACAGCAUCAGAAAAUACGCAACGAAAGCGACCCCCCCAGAUGACGAAAGAAAUCGAGUCGUUACUACAUCAGGGGAUCCUGGAAGAGGCCACCUGGGAUUCCGGUUUCUUGUCACCAGUGUUUUUGAUUCCCAAGCCGGGGGGGGGGAGUAUCGCCAGAUUUUCAACCUUCGGGGUUUAAACGAAAAUCUCCUACCUCCCAAGUUUCGAUUGGUGAAUCAACGGAAAGUCCCAUCAUUCUUACAUCAAAACGAUUUUUUAGCCAAGAUAGACCUCUCUCAGGCAUACUUGCAUGUUCCCAUAAAACCGAGUCAUCGGCGUUAUCUCUGCCUAUCCUUCAAGGGUCAACUCUACAAUGCCACGUGUCUGUCUUUCGGCUUAUCGACAGCCCCAGUGGCUUUCUCCAGGAUAUCGAACUGGAUAGCUCACACCCUUCGUCAGAAGAAUAUGAGGGUCCUGGUUUAUCUAGACGAUUUUUUGCUGGCAAAUCAGGACGCCCGGAUACUUCAGGAGCAGAUUCUCUGGGUUCAGGAUUUUCUCCACUCCUUGGGGUGGGUUAUGAACAUCCAAAAGUCGAUCGUCCAGCCUUGCAACAGAAUCGAAUUCUUGGGAAUUAUCUGGGACACAAGGGUCAAUUUAAUGAUCCUCCCAGAAGACAAAAAGGAACGCAUACUAAAGCUAUUGGAGAGUGUGAUGAAGUCGAGGUCAUGGAAUUGGAAAAAAGGAUCGUCUCUCCUGGGGAUGCUGAAUUUUGCGGCAAUAGUGACACCCUUAGGACGCCUUUUUUGUCGCCAGCUACAACGAGGGGCGCGCCGAUUAUCACGAGUCUCUCCGAGAAGAAAAUACCCUCUUCUAUCAUUAGCAUUCAUCGACUGUCAGUGGUGGAAAGGGAACAUCAACCGGACCCGACCUAUUUUCCAGACGGAACCGAACCUGUUUCUCUCAACAGAUGCCUCCCAGGCAGGUUGGGGAUUUCAAAUGAACGAGGUUCAUUACUCGGGGGAAUGGUCACCAUCCCAGUCAGAUUGGCAUAUCAACAGAAAAGAACUGUUCACAGUGAUGAUCGCAGUCAGGAUACUAGGGGAUCGGCUACAGGGCGAGACGGUGAUGCUGCAAUCAGACAACAGAACGACACUGGCCUACAUCAGGAAUCAGGGAGGAACGCGGUCGCAGGUAUUGUUGAGGCUGGUGAGGGACCUCCUGCUUUGGCUAGAGAGGUACAGGAUCACCUUGAUCCCGUUCUUCCUCCCGGGAAUGUACAACACCUGGGCGGACAGGCUAUCCAGAAAUCUUCCCCUGCCAGACUGGCACUUGAGUCCGGCGAUUCGGAAAACGGUAUUUCAAAAGUGGGGGACACCGGAGAUAGAUCUGUUUGCAACCUGCCACUCCAAGGUAGUACCGACUUACGUAUCAAUCAAUGCGACCGACCAGAACGCAGCAUUCAUCAACGCUUUCAGCAGGCCGUGGGUAGUGAACCUAGCGUGGGUGUUCCCACCCCCGCCUCUAAUUCCAAAGGUACUACAGCACUUGAACUCAGCCAAGGGAGUCUUUCUGCUGGUGGUCCCGCGGUGGGACAAGACCUUCUGGAGGAACACCUUGAGACGCAGAAGCCUGGAUGCCCCGUUCCAACUUCUGGAUCUCAAGACACAUCUGAUAGACCUAUCAACGGGGGCUCCCCCUCAGAAAGUCGACCACCUCUUUUUAGAGGUUUGGAAGGUACGGGGUGGAGUAAUUCAAUAAGAGGUUUGGCAGAAUCCGAGAUUAAACUUCUAGGCGCGGCUUGGAGGAACACUUCCUGGAAAACGUACUCUUCAAUCUGGAGUCAGUGGCGGGCCUGGUGCAAGGAAAAGGGGAUCAAAUCGGACAAUCCCUCGGCACAGCAAGUGGUGGCUUAUCUGGGCUACCUAUUCAGAGAGAGGAAAUUAGCCUAUAGCUCCAUCCUCACGCAGAAAUCAGCAAUUUGUUCCCUAGCUAAAGGAGGGGCCAAGGAAAGUUUGAGCGCCGAUCCGUUGGUCAAAGCCAUCCUGAAGGCGAUCGGAAUUCAGCGUGGCUCACGUUUUGUGGCUCUCCUUCUGCUGCUGGCGUCGGGGAGGAGAAUACAUGAUCUAACCCUUCUGUCAAUCGAUCCGGACUUCUACACAGUGGAAGACGACAAAAUUAUUUUUUGGCCGAAAUUUGGAUCCAAGACGGAUUCGACGAAUUAUCGCCAAUCUGGUUGGCAGAUUUCACGAUCGGAAGACCGAUCAUUCAACCUGGUGGAGUGGAUUAAGAUUUUGGUGAGCCUGUCAGAGGAGAGACGUAGGGCUAGGAAAGAACUCACAGCCCUUUUUAUUACAACGAGAGGGGUAGUAAAAGCGGCAUCCAGGUCGAUAAUCGCGGGCUGGAUUGGAACCGCCCUCUCGGAGGCUGGCAUUCAGGCUAGUCCAGGGUCAACACGUUCAGCGGUAGCUUCGCAUAAUUUUCAAAGUACAAGGAACAUGGAAGAAGUGCUGCAAAGGUGUAAUUGGAAGGGCCCUGAUAACUUCAUUAAGCAUUAUUAUAAGAUUAUUGAAAAACCAAAUAGUCCAGGACCAAAGAAUUCUAUGUCACGCUGCUUUAAGCCAAUCUAAUAUAUCAUUACUGUCAGAUGGACUUUAUUAUCAUUAAGUGUUCAAAAAUGAUUAAACAUUUAUUUCUAAGAAUAUCUGUCUCUUUGAAGUCACAGUACAGCUUUAUGGUGCCGGCAGAUUCUAAACAUCUCUCCGAAGGGUCAAGCCGAAGGCACAGACUUAAAAUAGAACCGUUUUCCACCCCAAAGGGAAGAAAACGUAUAUUUUGAGUCUUGCCGAGGCUUGACCCGGAGCAAGGGCUUGCCGUCAUUCGGAAUAGCUACUGAGUAGUCCCCGUGAUAAUCACGGAAACGCUAACCCGGCACGAGAGGCGCUGUAGAUGCUGUCCUGGUCCGACGACGUUAUGGGGGGCUAAAGGGGUGUCGAGGGGGGGAUUGAGCACAUAUGCAUGUGAGGAUUACGAAGGGUCAAGCCUCGGCAAGACUCAAAAUAUACGUUUUCUUCCCUUCGGGGUGGAAAACGGUUCUAUUUAAUUAAUUAUAUUCAUAUUAAUCAUAGAGUGACAGGCGGGAAAACGACACGGGACAACAGCAUCAGAACCGGACAGGGGCAUGGGACACCCCAGAUCUCAAUCAUCCCCGGCACCGAUUCGACCCAAAGGCUCAACCAGAGGGAGAGGAAGGCCGCCAGUUCCCAACAAUCAUCACAAGGAUCACAAAAUAUUAUUAUUGAAACUGGACGCCACCCUGAUCAGUUAAACACAAGGCAUACUAUCAAUGUUGUGUAAGACUUUAUUAAUCGAAUAAUGCCAGGCUAUUUUAAACUAUUGCAUCUAUUAUCUUCACAUGUUAAAUUAGAAGACGGAAGUGAAUUAAUUAUGAUUGUAGUAUAUACAUUUCACCUAAUAACAAAAUAGAUCAUAUAUUUUCAUUUUUACAUGAAAGGUUAUUUCCUUAUAGUCAAACAGGUUCAAUAAUUUUUAAAACGAAUAAACAUAAACUACCAUUAAUUUUAGCUGGUUUUAAUGUAAAUUUUGCAAGAGCUGAAUCAAUGCCAUUAAUGACAUUUCUUCAAAAAGAAUUUCAAUUGCAAAUCAAUAACAAUCCAAGAGAAUCUACUACCAAAUAUGGAAUAACAAUAGAUGCUAUAUUUGUGAGAUAUCUUGAUGGUGUUUCAUCCAAUACUUUUGUAACGUACUUGAGUUAUCAUCGACCAAUCCUCACAUUAAUACCGGCAAAGGAAAAAUCGAAUAUAACUAUUACUGAAGUCACAAAUGAAAAUAUUUAAAUUGUGGUCACUUGAUAUUAAUAUCGAAUUUUCAUAUCACAUGUAAAUAAAUGUUUAUUAAAUAAAGUUACCAC